UUAUAGUUUGUAGUAUAUGCUACAGCUCUCAAGGAACUUCAUCGAAUGCAAGAUGCAAAAGAAACUCACAUUAAAAAAAAAAACUGGGUGGAGGAAAGAUUGCUUGGAUAGACCUGUUUCAUUUCAUUCAAGUAAUCAUGCACAACACAAUACUAUAUUCUAUUAUUUCAUAAACCUUAUGACUAAAUUACACCAUUUAUCAGAGUUUGUGUAUAGGAUCGCAAUGUGUUAGUUAACUUGAAUGAACUCUAAUUGUGAUACAUCAAUGCGCGCAAAUGAAUGACGCUGUUACGAAAUGAUUUUCUUCACCCACGUUUGACAUGUAUAAAGCAUGUUAAAUGUCAUAGCGCCGUUGCUAUGAAUACAAACAAACGUCUCUCUCUCUCUCUCCCUCUCUCUCGCUUUCCCUCUCUGUCGCUCUCCCACUUCUCCCUCCCUCCCUCGCGCUGAUGUUUAGUGCUGCUAGUCGCCCGGCAACGACGAGGGCGUGUCCACCGGCAAUCAUUUAAGCAGGAAUACCCGUCUGGGUUUGUAAACUCAGUCUCGCUCUCACUCCGCUGCUCCCUGCAUGGCAAACGCGCGCCAGGAAACCCCCUGAUCCGAGCUCGGGUGUUGUAUCUGUCUGUCUCGCGGCUCCCCCCUCGACCUCGCGCGCCCAUCAGCGCGAGCAACAUGCCGCCACGGACUAGUAAAUAACAACAAACAAGACGCAACCGGGCGGACGCUGACGUCGGAUGCCGGGUGAAUGCAAAUAACGCUUUGCUUAACUGCAGGAGGAACAGAGCCCACCUGGAAGACGCGCAGAGCACCGCAGCAGACUGAUUUUCAUUGAUGAGGCAGCCACCCAAUGACUUGGAGAUGGCUCUGAGUGGGACGCUGCUGCCAUCCAUAUCCACUUUCGCCAACAGCACGACUGUCAAGAGUAAAGCCGCAAGACCCUCUAAUUUACGAUGGAAGGAGGAGUUGUCCCACCUUAAGAGAGCUCCGACAGGAAGCAGUUCCUCCGGCCUGGACCACACCUCGGCCGCCGCCGCUCACUGUAGCAUGGCCAAGAAAGACUCAGAACCAGACCUGGACUUACUGGACUACGACUUCAUCCUGUCCAACUCCCUGCUCAUACAGCAGCAGCAGCAGCAGCAGCAGCAGCAGCAGCAGCAGCAGCAGCAGCAGCAGCAGCAGCAGGAGGCGGCGAUGGCGCGCGGCCCGGCCGAGACCUCGCCCCUGUCCCCGUCCCCCGCCUCCUACUCCUCCUCCUACCCUCUCCCCUCUCCCCAAGGCCCCGCCGGUGAGCUCCUCUACACCCUGCCGGACCUCAGCGACGUGUCCCCGUCCGGGGGCUUCGUGGCGGAGCUCAUGAGGCCCGAGCUGGACCCCGCCUACCUCCACCACCCCGCCCCCGGCGCCAACGCCUCCGCCGCCAGCGUCCACGGCAAGUUUGUGGUGAAGACCACCAUGGACAUGGGCGACUACUGCCAGGGCGUCAACGUGAACGUGAGCAAAGCCCGCGUGAGCGUCGCGUCGGACUCCUUAUCCUCCUCCGCCACCUCCUCGUCGUCGCCUUCGUCGUCUUCGUCGGCUUCGGCGCUGCCGUUUCCGUGCCACCGGAUAAAGCAGGAGAACCUCGGCGACUGCACCAUCGCCCAGCCCCUGGACCUCCAGAUGACCCGGGUAGGCUCCCAGGGCAGGGGGGACCCCACGCGCUGCUUCCCCCACGGGGGCGGGCGCCUGGCGGGCACGGCCGGCAGCAGACUGUCCUCCACCUCCCCGGACCACCAGGUCCUGGGUCAUCACCACCACCAGCACCAGCAGCACCAGCACCACCACACCCCACUGGCCCAGCACGCACAGGGCUUCCACCACAGCUCCCCUCCCCAGGGCUACCCUUCCCCCUUCCCACAGCUGUCCAUGCACUACCAAGAGCCCCACCUGAUCUCCACGGGGGAACGGGUACAAGAGGAGACCAAGCCAAAGCGUGGACGGCGCUCCUGGCCAAGGAAGCGGAUCGCCACGCACACCUGUGACUACGUGGGCUGUGGCAAGACCUACACCAAGAGCUCCCAUCUGAAGGCACACCACCGCACACACACAGGGGAGAAGCCUUACCAUUGUGACUGGGAGGGAUGUGGCUGGAAGUUCGCCCGCUCGGACGAGCUCACGCGUCACUACCGGAAGCACACGGGCCACAGACCCUUCCAGUGUCAGAAGUGCGACCGCGCCUUCUCUCGGUCGGACCACCUGGCCCUGCACAUGAAGAGACACCUUUGAGGGGGGCGAUCUGGAAGGGGAUGGAUCCUGAGGAUGAUGAUAAUGGGGUGAUGGGGGGAGGGGGGGGGGGUGCAGGUGGUGAUGGUGAUGGUGGUGGAGGAAGGCAAACGCCAAAAAGAACUAAACAAAAUCCAAAAAUAUAACCCCUCCCCCCUUCCCACUGAAAAAAUGCCAAAGUUCAUAUUUUGAAAACCAUUCUUUGCCUUCAAGCAAUGCUGGGAAUCAUCACAAGACACACUGUUUGUUGAUAGCUGCUUAUUGAAAAGAAAAUAAUAGCAGGAAUCGUUCUCCGGGAAAGGACCAGCCCUGUCCUUGUGCCGCUGGGACAGGUGAUUUCAACAUGUCCGCUCUCUCGAUCAGGGCCGACUCUCAAGGGACCAAAACUGGAAUUUGUCUCACUUAAAGCAGAACAACCACAAACUUGGAUAACCGAGUGCCAAGAAGCACUUGUGACCUGGAGGAAGGAUAUCGUUGUCGGGCAGACACAGCUAUCCAAAAGCCAUAGCGAGACCACAAACCCCUGCCAGCCGUCUCUCAGUAAUGACACAACGUUUCUUUACAAACUAUUACAAACAAUCGAUAUUUAUAGAGAAAUUUCACCUGCGAUGCCAUCCAAUUCAGGUACAAUUCUAAUUUAUGUUACUGGCAGGUUUUGGGCUCGAAAAGAACGGAUUUACGGGAAUGGUACCAGGGACCAAGAAAGACAACAAACACAGCAACAGCAUGAGAAUGAGAAAGACCUAAAGAGAAUAGGACAGUGCCAUAUGUCUGAGUGUCCUUUUGGAGCUCUACAGUCAGACUAUCUUAUCAGGUGAAAACCCUCCUUCAAUGGUGACGGCAAUCUUCAAUGCACUGCAGCUGCACCGUGCAAUAAUUUAUAGGAGACACACCAAUCAUAUUUUUGUAUUAAAUGUGUAACUCUGAACAAAAUAUUUGUUUUGUUUAAAGCCAAAAUAUAAUAUAAUCCUUAUUUCUUUUUGUACAUUUGUAAAUAGAAAAAUGCUUUCUUAACGUUUUGUAUUUUAUGUAUUUUACAUUAUAAUAAAAACGUAUUUGACCGGA